AUGGAUCUCCCUCUUGGUUAUAACAUUCAGGGGGCGAAAUCUUCCAAUGGUACCCGAUUGGUUUGUAAACUCAACAAGUCCAUCUAUGGCCUGAAACAAGCUUCACGGCAAUGGAAUUCUAAGUUUGCUUGUGCCUUAAUUCAAUUUGGAUUUGUCCAAUCCAAAUCCGAUUACUCCUUGUUUGUUAUGGGUGCAGGUGACUCCUUUAUUGCUUUACUAGUCUAUGUUGAUGAUAUUAUCAUUACAGGGCCAAACUUGGAGGUUGUCAAUGACUUAAAACAGUUUCUUCAUAGUAAGUUCAAGCUCAAGGAUUUAGGUCCUUUGAAGUUCUUUCUUGGUAUUGAGAUAGCUCGAUCUACUGCUGGAAUUGCGCUUUCUCAGAGACAUUAUGCAUUGCAAUUGCUUGAAGAUUCGGGGUUUCUUGCUUGUAAACCAGCCACUGUUCCAAUGGAUGCAAAGGUGAUAUUAGGUGCAGAUGAAGGGGUUCUUUUGUCUGAUGCAUCUCAAUAUCGAAGGUUGAUUGGGCGGCUACUUUAUCUCACUAUCACUCGGCCGGAUAUUACCUUUGCCGUUCACAAAUUAAGUCAAUUUUUGGCAAAACCCCGAGUGCCCCAUUUGCAGGCAGUUCAUCAUUUGCUUCGCUACAUUAAAGCAAGUCCAGGCCAAGGUCUUUUUUACUCUGCCGCCUCACCAAUUCAGUUGAAGGCUUUUUCUGAUUCUGACUGGGGCUCAUGUCCAGAUUCUCAAAAAUCUGUGACCGGCUUUUGUGUUUUUGUAGGUGAUUCUCUGGUUUCUUGGAAGUCUAAGAAGCAAACUACGGUUUCUCGCUCGUCUGCUGAAGCUAAAUACAGGGCUUUGGCGUCCACCGUAAGUGAAUUGGUUUGGUUACGACAAUUGCUAUCAGAUUUUCGUUUUGAUUUGUCUUCUCCUACAAUGCUUUUUUGCGAUAAUCAGGCUGCGAUACACAUUGCUUCCAAUCCUAUUUUUCAUGAGCGGACUAAGCAUAUUGAAGUGGAUUGCCACUUUGUUCGUGAUAUGGUUACUAAAGGAAUGGUUAAGCUCAUGCCAAUUCGGUCUCAACACCAGCUUGCAGAUCCUUUUACUAAAGCUUUGUCUUGGCCGUUACUUCAUUCUUCCUUAUGCAAGAUGGCCAUCAAGGAUAUUCAUGGUCCCUCUUGA